AUGCCGUUGACGAUUCUCACCGACUCAGACGUCCGCGCUCUGCUCCUACAACUCACCAAGCAAGACAUUCUUGAUUUGCAACAGAGUCUUGCCGAUGCUUUGCACUACUACUCAACGUCUACCGAGGAGGACUCCAAUGCCUGCUGUUCUUCUUACCAGCCGCUUCGCACUGCACUCAAACGGAACGAUGGUCAAACAACACUGCUCAUGCCUGCCUCGUCGAACGACGGUAUCGGUGUCAAGAUCGUGACACUGCUGACCGAAGGCGCAAAGACAAAGUCGGAUACAACAUCUGACACCUCUUCACUCGAAAGGCUCUCCCUAUCCCAACAUUCCACCAAAUCCACCAGUUCCUCGACAGCGAUCGAGCCCCAGCCCUCUACCUCCAGCGCGCACAGCACAAAGCCCAAGGGGAGUCUCACCCUCUUUGACAAAUCCGGUCAUCCACGCGCGCUCAUCAAUGCGGAGGAGAUAACCGCAUUCCGCACCGCCCUCGCCAGCACCAUGCUCUUUAAGAAACGGCACAACGUGCACGACCUCGUCGUCUUUGGUGCGGGGGCCCAGGCAUACUGGCACAUACGCCUUGCGCUGCUGCUACGCGGCCCGGACAUCCACCACCUCAAUAUCAUCAACCGCGACUUUGACCGCGUGCACCACCUCCUUCAAAAGCUCUACAACCCUUUCGAGGAGCCCUCGUCCCUAGACCUCGAUCCCACCCACAUCCCCGCGUACCGUCAACCAGACGCACGCACAACGGCCCUGCCCCGCCCAAAGAUUCAAAUUCUCACCCCAAGUCACGGCGAGUACGACCGGCUACUGAAAUCCACCAUCCGAGCCAGCAGCGUCAUCUUCUUCACCACGCCCUCGCUCACCCCGCUCUUCCCAGCCAGCUACCUGACGAGCCCCGAAGGCCGCAAAAAAGGCCGGUACCUCGCCGCCAUCGGCUCAUACAAGCCGCACAUGGUGGAAAUCCACCCAGACAUCUUACGCCAGGCCGUCGAACCCGAAUACCACCACCACCGCGACUUCCACAAACAUGCUGCGCGGGGCGGCGCCGUGGUGGUGGACAGCGUAGAGGCAUGUCUUGCAGAGGCCGGGGAGAUUAUCCAAGCUGGGUUGGGGCCGCACGAGGUUGUCGAGUUGGGCGAGUUGGUCAUGUUGAAGCGGGAUGCGGAUAGGCGGAGGAAGGAUUGUGAGGCGAAGAAGGGGAGUAGCAAGAGCGAGGAGGGAUUAGAUGAGCACGGAGUGGAGAUUGGAGGCGUGCAGGGCGUUGGUGUUGGUGCGCAGGAGAAGAUGAUGAAGAGGAAGAAGAAGAAACAUGGCUGGGGCUGGGGCGGUAGUAAGAAGGGUGAACAGGACAAGGAAGGAGAGGAAGGAGAAGCAGAAGCAAAAGAGGAAGAAACAUAUAAACAUGACAAGACAGCACACACGCUAGUCGAGUGGUUGACCAAGGGAAACGUCAUAUACAAGUCCGUCGGCCUCGGUCUCAUGGACGUUGUCGUCGGCAGCGAUUUGUGCAGGUUAGCAGAUGAGCGGGGCAUUGGGACCCGGAUUGAUGAUUUUUAG